CUCUAUUAUAAAGUACACACUACUUGUAUUACUAAAACAUAUAAAAAAAAGUGUCAGUGUCAAAAUGUCAAUGUAAUUUAAAUUAAGGGGAAUUGAAAGGGCCAACAUAAUCUAACACAAAAUCAAUAAAAAUGGUGGAGGAUCUCUCACUCACACACCUUUAUUACCUUUAUUUUUCCACGUAAGUGGGCCUCACACAAACCUCUCUCCCUUUAUAAAUUCUCCACUCUUCACACUCACACUUUUGUUCAUCUCAAAGAAAACAAAAGAAUCAGUAGAGAGAGUCAGAGAUAAUGGGUGGUAAUAGUUAUCGGUUUAAGCUAUCGGAGUUACUCCCUAACGCAUGGUUUUACAAACUUAAAGACAUGGCCAAAUCUAAGAAGAAGAAACUUCAGAGCCAACCAAACAGCACCUCCUCCUCCAAGAAGAAACGCCACGCAGUCCCUACUCCUACGUCCACGACGGCACGCAGUCCUAGGCCUCCUAGGCGCUCUUCUCACUCUUCCAAACCGCCACCCUCCCAUACGCCCAGAAAGUCCUCCGGGAACCGUCUUCGUCACCGAGCCACCGUCGACUCUAAGUCAUCCACGACUUCGGGAGACACCACUGCCACAGAAACUGGUUCUUUCUCACCGGAGUUUCGCUCGGAUCAAGUUCUCCUCCCCGACGAGUCAUUAACGGGCUCAUGGCAUAGCCCUUGCAGCUCCAAGCUAUACAAACCCGCAGCCUUUACGCCGCCGCCGGAACUCGAUCUCCGGCCCAUCAUCACCAAACCGGUCGCCACCGGACGGAAAACGGCGGUUAGUUCUCCGGCAGGGGUGAGACUUAGAAUGCGCUCGCCGCGAAUCUCGGUGAGCAGCAGCGCAAGGAGAAGCGGGUCGUCGGCGCGGAGGAGCAGGGCUGUGGUGAAGGCGUCGGUGGAUCCGAAGAGAGACUUCAAGGAAUCGAUGGAGGAGAUGAUCGCUGAGAACAAGAUAAGAGCGACAAAGGAUCUAGAGGAGCUUUUGGCUUGCUAUCUCUGUCUCAAUUCAGACGAGUAUCACGCUAUUAUCAUCAAUGUCUUCAAGCAAAUCUGGCUUGACCUUAAUCUUAAACCCCAUUCCAACAAAUAAUAAUAUUUGUUUUUUUUUUUUAA